UAGCAUCCAAGCUUUGGUUUCAACAGUGUCUCGAAAGUAUUUGCAUUUCAACUCGAAUUCUUUGAGAGAGAAAAAAUAAACCAUCCAUCUCCAACGUUCCACUUUCCGUCUUUUCUUUUCUUUUCUUUUCUUUUCUUUUUUUUUGUUUUCCUAGCCGUGCGGUGUAAUUGCAAGCUGAAAGUGAUUUUUCAUUGAUAAUUCAUUUCAUUUCUUUUUGGGUUCUUUCUCUUAGUUAUUCAAAACUCGUUGCUUAAUUCCUCUGUACUCUACUACGCAACCCUGUUUUUGCUUUUCUUUUCCUCCUUUCUCAUCACAGAACUCUUGCUAAUUCUGAUUUCUUGUUACUUAAUAUCGUAUUAGCGUUCAUUUCUUAAGUAACAACAUUUCAAUAACACGAUUCCUUGGAGGUUUUCUGAUUGAUUAGUAUUGUUGUCUUUAAUUGUUUGCUAUUUCUCUUUUCUUUUGAUUUUGGAUCGCUCUAUCAUUCAAAGAAAACCAAAAAACAUGCUGUUCUCGUUGGAUCUGGUUUCCAAAUCCAUCUUCUUUAUAUUCCUUUGGUCUCUUCCGUUUCGAUCAGUGGCCGAUGACUCUGCAAGUUCCACAAGUUACCGUGUAGAACCAACACCCAUUACUCCACAAGAGGGAAUCCCACAGCGAAUCUCUGUAUAUCAACCAUAUCGGGGAGGGAAUUGCCAUGGAUAUCGAGCCAAGGAUAUUUCACGAACCGACCAGGGUGUCACGGGUUCUUUGGAACUUAUUGGUUCCCCUUGCUAUGCUUAUGGUACUGAUUAUAAAGAUUUGCUUUUAAACGUCACUUACGAUACAGAGGAGCGUAUCCAUGUUUCCAUUCGUGAUGCAAACCAUACUCAAUUUGAAUUCAGCAACCGCCAUGAUAUUUGGGAUGCUCCCAUCUACCACCCUUCCUCCUCUGUCAACCAAUUCAAUCUCCUCUAUAACUUUUCCUUUAACGCGGAUCCAUUUGAAUUUUGGAUUACCAGAAAAUCUGACGGAGAAGUCUUGUUUGAUACCAGAGGCCAUCCUCUGAUCUUUGAAGACCAGUAUAUCGAGCUUACCACCAAUAUGGUGGAUGAUUACAACAUCUACGGUCUUGCCGAAACUAUACAUGGAUUGCGUUUGGGAAACAAUCUCACUCGCACCUUUUGGGCCAACGAUGAAGCUUCUCCUCUUGAUCAAAACAUGUAUGGAACCCAUCCAUUUUACCUCGAACAAAGAUACAAACCCGUGGAUUCCAAUUCCAAUGUCAAUUACAAUUCCAGUAGCGAACAACAGAAAAAGUAUACAUCUGCCUCCCACGGCGUGUUGAUGCUUACCGCCAACGGUAUGGAUGUUUUAUUGCGUCCAAAGUAUCUCCAAUAUCGAAUGAUCGGUGGCAUUAUCGAUCUCUAUGUUUAUGCUGGAAGUGAAAAGCCACAAAACACGAUUACCCAAUUUAUUGAAUCCAUUGGAUUCCCUCAAAUGCAUCAAUACUGGACCAUGGGAUUUCACAUGUGCCGUUGGGGCUAUGAAAACAUUAGCCAAAUCAUGCAAGUCAGAGAAAAUAUGCGCAAAUUUAAUAUACCAAUUGAAACGUUUUGGAGUGAUAUCGACUACAUGGACAGCCUUCGUGAUUUUACCGUUGAUCCCAUAUCUUAUUCCCAAGAACAAAUGAUUGAGUUCUUCCAUGAUAUCGAGUCCACUCAUCAACACUAUGUACCUAUUGUCGAUGCAGCUGUUUAUGCUGCGAAUCCUUCCAAUCGUUCGGAUGACUCGUACGGACCAUACUAUGAAGGUAUCGAGAAGGAUGUUUUCCUCAAAAAUCCCGAUGGAAGUCUCUACAUUGGAGAAGUAUGGCCUGGAUUCACAGUUUUUCCCGACUUUACCAAUCCAAAGGUUCAAGAUUAUUGGAAGCAUGGUAUCCAAAACAUGUCUUAUGCUUUUGGAUCCAAUUCUUCAAGUUACAUCCCUUUCAGUGGAUUAUGGCUAGACAUGAAUGAACCUUCCUCCUUCUGCGUUGGAUCAUGCGGCUCUAACCUCGUAAACUCGAAUCCUGUACAUCCACCGUUUAAGCUUCCCGGUGAACCAGAUGACCUUACUUUAAAUUAUCCUGAAGGAUUCAACCUUACAAAUAAGACUGAAUAUGCCUCUGCCAGCAGUGCUUCCUUAAGCCAGUAUUAUGCCACUGCGACUUCCUCUAUGCAACCCGUCUACCCAACAGCCGUUCCCAUCGGUCAACAACCCAAACACGACAUUAAUCAUCCUCCUUAUGCUAUCAAUACAGAACAGGGAAAUCACGACUUGGCCAACCACGGCGUCAGUCCCAAUGCUACUCACCAUGAUGGAACCCUUCGGUACGACCUGUUCAAUAUUUACGGAUAUGGAGAAAUCAAAGUCACGCAUAAGGCUUUGACUGAUCUUCAGCCAAAGGUACGUCCAUUUAUUCUUAGUCGCUCGACGUUCUUAGGCUCCGGUGUGUAUUCCGCACAUUGGCUUGGAGAUAACCAUUCCAACUGGCCGAAUAUGUUUUUCUCAAUCUCCGGAAUGAUGGUGUUCAACAUGCUGGGUGUCCCUAUGGUCGGCGCUGAUGUGUGCGGCUUUCAAGACAAUGCGGAUGAAGAAUUGUGUGCGCGGUGGAUGGCCAUGGGUGCUUUUUCACCGUUCUAUAGAAACCAUAAUCAGCUAGGUAGUAUUCACCAAGAGCCGUACUUAUGGGCUUCUGUUGCCGAAUCUUCACGUCGAGCUAUGAACAUCCGUUAUUCCUUAUUGCCAUAUUGGUACACAUUGUUUAGACAAGCUUCCUACGAUGGAAGCACUCUUAUCCGCCCUCUCUUCUUCGAGUUCCCCGACGAACCCUCUUUAGCAGGAGCUGAUCGUCAAUUUUUAGUUGGCGAUUCUUUGUUGGUUAGUCCAGUUUUGGAACCCAAUACAACUACAGUUAAUGGUGUUUUCCCUGGCGAUGAAAACACCGUCUGGUACGAUUGGUAUAAUCAUACCGCUAUUGAACACAAGCCUUAUGAAAACAAGACGAUGGAUGCUCCUCUUGAACACAUCAACGUAGCUAUUCGUGGCAACAAAAUUAUCCCUAUGCAGCAACCUGCAUACACUACUGAAGAAACUCGCAAAAACCCAUUCAGCUUGCUUGUAGCUCUUGACAAGCAAGGAACUGCGUACGGUAAUUUGUACGCUGAUGAUGGCGUUUCUCUCACUCCUAACGCUACCUUAUGGGUCGAUUUCUCGGCCAAAUCCAACAAGUUAUCUAGUUCCUCUUUCGGUACCUACAAUGAUCAUGUACCAUUGGCGAAUGUCACAAUUUUAGGUGUUUCAUCUUCUCCUAAGCAGGUUCUAUUCAACGGUAACAUCGUUAACUCUUAUACCUAUUCAGACUCGAUUCAAGAGCUGAUAAUUAACAAUCUGAACAAUUUUACUUCUGCAGGUGCUUUUGCGAGUAAUUGGACUAUAACAUGGUGAACCUCGACCGUUUCCCAUUAUAUCCUGUCCUGUAUUUACACUGCGAGGACAUGAAUGUAGAAUAAUUUAAUGAAUAUUUAAUUUUUGUUCUCUUUAAAUUUCAA